AUGUCCACACUUCAAUCACCUUCUUCUACCACAGUUCUUGAGCACCUAGAAGAAGAUGGACCAAGUCAAAAAUGCAAAGGCGGCAACAUAUCUUCCCUACCAAACGAUAUAGGCCCUCAAGAUAAAGGCUUUCUCAACGAGUACCAUGGAUUUUGGAUUCCAGCUUUGGCCACGUCAGGAGUUAUAGCAUCACAAAAAUACUUUCAAGCUCGUGACACUGAUAUUCUAUUAGUGACCCCUCCCAAAGUUGGUACUACUUGGUCAAAGGCGAUCUUGUUUGCCUUAAUGAACCGGAUUCACUACCAAGACCUUCAAGAACAUCCUCUACUCACAAAAAUCCCUCAUGAUCUUGUGCCCUUGUUGGAAGGAGAUAUCUACACUAAAAAAAAAGUUCACGAUCUCAAUCCUGCCUUUCCAAGACUCCUUUCAACUCAUUUACCUUAUGUUUUGUUACCAACAUCUGUGAAGGAUUCGACAUGUAAGAUUGUGUAUGUAUAUAGAAACGCUAAAGAUACUUUUGUAUCACUUUGGCACUUCCAAAAUAGGUUGUAUCCAACGACUGCCUCGCUUGAAGAAGCUUUUAACAAGUUUUGUAAGGGAAUGAGUCCAUUUGGCUCUUAUUGGGAUCAUGUUUUGAGUUGUUGGAAGAAAAGCAUACAAAAUCCAGGCCGAAAGAUGCUUUUCUUGAAGUAUGAAGAGAUGAAAGAGCAACCCACCACCUAUUUGAAGAGAAUAGCUGAGUUCUUAGAUUGUCCAUUUUCUCCCGAAGAAGAGGCAAAAGGUACAGUGAAUGACAUUUCAAGUUUGUGUAGUUUUGAUAACUUAAGCAACUUGGAUGUGAAUAAAAGUAGAAAGUGGUGUCUCCCAGAUCAUAAAAUGACACUUUUUAGCCAAGGCGUAGACAAUGCUGCAUUUUUUCGCCAAGGUCAAACUGGAGAUUGGGUGAAUUACUUAACAUCUGAAAUGACAGAAAAAUUAGACCAUAUUAUUGAAGAAAAAUUUCAUGGUAUUGGAUUGAAAUUUUAA